GGAAGGAAGUUAGCCGCAGCAGCUAAACACCAGACAUGAGCGGACGUGAACUUUAGCAUGCAGUUAGCUCACAACUUCACUGAGAGUUAAAAAAGGAAAAGCCAAACUCAGGCGGCUGCAGCUUCCCUUCAGUCGGAGGAAAUAAGGAAGUGAGCAGCUGACGGACCUCCAGUGGUUUUCCGCCGGGCAAGAAAAAUGGUGCCCAGAUGUUGACUCGGAGCAGCAACCAGGAUCUUGACUUCCUACGUCAGUACGCCUUCUCUCUUCUAACACAAACUGUAGCAGCACAGAUGCACGUAGCUGUUAUCACAAACUCCAACAGACACUCCACUUUAUCACCGGGCUCCCAGACGCCGGUCAUAUAGUGACGGUCAUACACUGAUACCGGGCUACUUCCUGCUUUGCUAUCUGGGGAGGAGCCACCUGAAGCAGCCAUGUUUUAUAGAGGUAUGUGAUGUCCAGGACCUCUGACGGAGCAGGUGUAGUGGCAGGAGCAGAAGCAGGAGAAGGAGAAGGAGCUGGAGAAGGAGAAAGAGAAGCAUUAGAACGGGGGCGGAGCCACAGAGACGUUCCUCGGUUUGUGAUUGGCUGUGGGGAUGACGAGCAGGACAUGGGUCAAAUGGAGGCAGGCAUGAAGAACGAGAUGUUUCGAGAAGAGGAUAUGGAAGGCGAUGACGACGAGUCGCCACCGGAGCGACAGAUCGUGGUCGGCAUCUGUGCCAUGGUGAAGAAAUCCAAAUCAAAGCCCAUGACUCAGAUCCUGGAGCGGCUUUGUAAGUUUGACUACAUCGACAUGGUCAUCUUUCCAGAGGAGGUGAUCCUGGAGGAGCCGGUGGAGAACUGGCCGCUCUGCGACUGCCUCAUCUCCUUCCACUCCAAAGGUUUCCCUCUGGACAAAGCUGUGGAGUACGCCAAGCUCAGGAAUCCACUGCUCCUCAACGACCUCAACAUGCAGUAUUUCAUCCAGGACAGGAGGGAAGUUUACAGGAUACUAAAGGAAGAGGGCAUCGACCUGCCUCGUUACGGCGUAUUGAACAGAGACCCCGACAAUCCUGAAGAGUGCAACCUGGUGGAAGGGGAGGACCACGUGGAGGUGAACGGGGAAGUGUUCCCUAAACCCUUCGUGGAGAAACCUGUGUGUGCCGAGGACCACAACGUGUACAUCUACUACCCAUCGUCUGCUGGGGGGGGCAGCCAGAGGCUCUUCAGAAAGAUCGGGAGUCGCAGCAGUGUGUAUUCUCCAGAAGCCAGCGUACGAAAGACCGGAUCCUACAUCUACGAGGAGUUCAUGCCCACAGAUGGAACUGACGUGAAGGUGUACACAGUGGGUCCAGACUACGCCCAUGCGGAGGCCCGGAAAUCUCCUGCUCUGGACGGAAAGGUGGAGAGGGACAGCGAGGGCAAGGAGAUCCGUUACCCCGUCAUGCUGACCGCCAUGGAGAAACUGGUGGCUCGCAAAGUCUGCCUGGCCUUCAAGCAAACGGUGUGUGGGUUCGACCUGCUCAGAGCCAACGGACACUCGUACGUCUGUGACGUUAACGGCUUCAGCUUCGUCAAAAACUCCAUGAAGUAUUACGACGACUGUGCCAAAGUCCUGGGGAACAUGGUGAUGAGGGAGUUAGCGCCUCAGUUCCACAUCCCCUGGUCCAUCCCCAUGGAGGCUGAAGACAUCCCCAUCGUCCCCACAACCUCAGGGACCAUGAUGGAGCUGCGUUGUGUCAUCGCCAUCAUCCGCCAUGGAGAUCGCACGCCAAAACAAAAGAUGAAAAUGGAGGUCAGACAUCCUCUAUUCUUUGAUUUGUUUGAGAAGCACGGAAGCUACAAGUCAGGAAAGCUAAAACUGAAGAAACCAAAGCAGCUCCAAGAAGUGCUGGAUAUCGCCCGCCUGCUGCUCGUUGAACUCGUCCAGCACAACGACUGUGAGAUCGAGGAGAAGAAAUCCAAACUGGAGCAACUCAAGACGGUCCUGGAGAUGUACGGUCAUUUCUCAGGUAUAAACAGGAAAGUCCAGCUGACAUACCUGCGUAACGGACAACCUAAAGCCUCCAGCGAAGAAGAAGACUCUAAGAAGGACGGCCCCUCUCUGCUGCUGGUGCUGAAGUGGGGGGGCGAGCUGACGCCUGCAGGCCGGGUUCAGGCUGAGGAGCUGGGCAGAGCUUUCCGCUGCAUGUACCCUGGAGGUCAAGCCGGUAACCGGUCCCUUGGCUGUGAGUCCCCUAUUGAGUUUGGUGACUAUGCAGGGUUUCCAGGCUGCGGCCUCCUGCGUCUGCACAGCACGUACCGCCACGACCUGAAGAUCUACGCCUCAGACGAAGGCCGGGUGCAGAUGACCGCCGCUGCUUUCGCAAAGGGUCUGCUGGCUCUGGAAGGAGAGUUGACUCCCAUCCUGGUCCAGAUGGUGAAAAGCGCCAACAUGAACGGUCUGCUGGACAGCGACAGCGACUCUCUGACGGACUGCCAACAGAAAGUGAAGGCCCGACUGCACGAGAUCAUGCAGAGGAGCCAGGAGUUCACAGAGGACGACUAUCUGAAGUUGGCCCCGACUAGCAGCCCGUCGCUGGUGAACUCGAUGAAGAUCAUACAGAAUCCGGUCAAAACCUGUGACAAAGUGUACGCCCUCAUCCAGAGCCUCAACUCACAGAUCCGCAAAAGACUGGAAGACCCCAAGUCUGCAGACCUGCAGCUGUACCACAGUGAGACGCUGGAGCUGAUGCUGCAGCGCUGGUCCAAACUGGAGAGAGACUUCAGAAUGAAGAACGGCCGCUACGAUAUCAGUAAGAUCCCCGACAUCUACGACUGCAUCAAAUACGACUCGCAGCACAACGCCUCGCUGGGACUGGAGGACACGCUGGAGCUGUUCAGGCUGUCCCGCGCCCUGGCAGACAUCGUCAUCCCUCAGGAGUACGGCAUCAGCAAAGCGGAGAAACUGGACAUCGCUCAGGCUUACUGUGUUCCUCUGAUGAAGAAGAUCCAGCUGGACCUGCAGAGGACGCACGAGGACGAGGCCGUGAACAAGCUGCACCCUCUGUAUUCUCGUGGCGUGAUGUCUCCGGGUCGUCACGUGCGCACACGCCUCUACUUCACCAGCGAGAGCCACGUGCACUCGCUGCUCAGCGUCUUCCGCUACGGAGGACUGCUGGAUUGCCAGGAUGAGAAGGACCAGCAGUGGAAACAGGCCAUGGACUACCUGAGUGCCGUGACUGAACUCAACUACAUGACGCAGAUUGUCAUCAUGCUGUAUGAAGACAACAACAAGGACCCUUCCUCAGAGGAGCGUUUCCACGUUGAGAUUCACUUCAGUCCAGGAGUCAAAGGGUGUGAGGAUGAGGAGAACGUUCCUCUUGGCUUCGGUUUCCGCCCAGCCUCCUCUGAGAACCAAGACAAGAAGCCCAAUCAGGGCAGUCUGGAGGAUCUGUCCCAGGAUCAGCUGGACCAGGCCCUUCCGCUCUCUGAUCCAAUCAACAUCCAGAGAAAGUCUCCUAUGAUCCGCAACCGCAAGACAGGCUCCAUGGAGGUCCUCUCUGAAACGUCUCCCAGCCAAUCCUCUAAAGGCAGCAUGUCUCACCGACUCUUCCCUUCGUCCUGUUCGCGCCAGUCUCCUGAGAUCAAACCAGCCAGUGGCUUAGGCUCGCUCUGCUCCGGCCUCUUCAGCGCCUCGACCCUCGGGGUGUCCUGCAGCGCCCCCAACCUGCGGGACUACGUCCGCACGCACCACCUCCUCCACAGGAAGCCCCCCCUCUCCCCCGGCAGUCUGCCCAUCGGCGUGUUCGAGCUGUUCUCUAUGCCGCCAGUAAAGAGAUUUUCUGUGUCGUUUGCCAGGCAUCCGACUAAUGGGUUUGAAGGCUGCUCCAUGGUGCCCUCCAUCUAUCCUCUGGAGACGCUGCACAACUCGCUCUCUCUGAAGCAGGUCGACGAGUUCCUCAACACGGUGUGUGCGAGCAGCAGCGAGGCGCACGCCAAGACCAUGAGAGCGCUCUCCUGCCUGUUUGACUCUCAGAGCCAGACGUCUCUCUACAGCCCUCAGCCGGCGCUCUCCUCCUCCGGGUCGGAGACGUCUCUGCGCCCGCCGAGCCAGCCGCUGUGGCAUGGCAGUAUCCCCUCCAGUGCUGUUUCCAGCGCCGGCCCCUCCUCCCCGAACACAGAGAACCCUGGCGCCAACUUCGGCUUCAGUGAGUGAACUCUUUAAAAGAAAAGCACAAGGACUUCUGGGAAUUUAAGGACACAAUCUGAGGACCUCGGUUUCUACGUCACUGUGUGUUUUCAUACGUCUUUUCCUCCGUCCUGCUGCUUUGAAUUCACACCAAAACCCCACUGGGGUAAAAACACUCAAACUAUGCACGGACUCUUCAGAUGCACUCCUAGAAACUCUGGACUUUAAACUUGUAGUAUUACCUCGAUCCUCCUCCCUUUGUCGACACACACACAUGAAACCAGCUCCAGCAGAGCAUCAAGCCAACUCUAUGACCAGCCGUGCCUUCAGUGUAAUUUGGAUGCUGCCGUCGCUGAAACAACAACAACAAGAACACAUGUUUUUGUUUUUAAGCCCAAAUGCUGACGGUGUAUUUUUCCAAAUCUCUCUCACACACCAGCUGCCUCUCCUCUGACCUCAGACUACAGAAAUGCAUUUCAGAUUCUGAGACAAAGUGUCAGCAAUCACUCAUUUGCAUUUGAGAUUCAUGUUGUGCUGCAGCCAAUCACAGCCCACCCUGAAAAAAACAGCCUAUUUUUGAAAUUCAAGUGACAUUUUGUGUAAUUUUACUUUUAGCAGUUAGUUAAAUCUUAUAAUGUUGGUUGUAAAAUAUAAAUUACAUUUAUCAGUUUCAUUUGGAGCCACAGCCCGUUAGCUUAGCACAAAGCUACUAAAACUACAAUGCCUGUUAACACAUAUCUCCUUUCAUUUGUACGGUAAGUGUAAAAACAACUAUUUUAGGAGCCAGACUAUUUCGUGGCUGGGUGCACUAUCGUUCAGGUUUAAGUGAAACACAUAAGAAAUCACUUUUUAAUUAUUGAGCUUUAAAGUUCUUUAAAUCGGAUUUUUCGUUACCAAAUGAAUGAAAUGGCCGCCUAAGAAUGGCCUCCUCUGACACGUUAAUCAUUUCAGAGAUUAACUCAAAUUAUAGUCAAUAAUCUGGAUUAUAUCUAAAUGCUCUGUACCACCAAGUUACCAUCUGACUCUUUUAGUUAAAUUCUUUCAAACUAAACAACAUUUGAGUUGUUUUUUAAAACCCGAGUGUUUGUAUCGUGUAACUCGAGCCGCUGAAUCAAACCGCUGUUAAAUAGAAACACAUUUCAUCUGUAAAUGUGCCUUUACAUUAAUGUUUUAAAGAGAUUUGUUGUAGACAUUGUUUAUUUCCGGCUGUAUUUUCUUAUCUAAAAGGGACUUAUAGGAAAAUGUGGUGUAGCUUUAUUUCAGAUUUUAGGGAAAGAACCACUUCAAUAGUAUAAAAACUAUUAGUUAUUAUCUGCUGUCACACCAAAUGAUAUGUGUAUUACUAUUUGUUUAGGCUUUAAUGAGUGAUACUCAGGUAGAAAUGUUAAUCAGCUUUAAACUUACAUUCAACUCAAAGAAAACGUGUAUUACUUUAAAUAACCUUUAUUAACGUAGUUCUCUAUGUUCAAAGAGUGCAAACAUGUAUACAGAAAUGUCUAUAUAUAUAUAUAUAUAUAUAUAUAUAUAUAUAUAUAUAUAUAUGACUCCCAAGUCCUGGAAACCUCUGCUGUUGAUUUUAGUUAUAGAUUUUAUUAGGAUUUUUUAAUUCCAGAUUGUUGCUGUACGUAUUUUCCGUUGUGUACUUCUGUGAUUAUUUAAAGUGUUAUUUAAUGUCAGCCAAAGUUUCUCUGUUUGGCUGCUGGACAACAAAGUGGACUUUAUUCUUUGUAAACAUGUUAAAUAAUUUUGUUGACCUUUAGAUGUUCAGGUCGGGUUGAACUGAUGGAAAGAGGAAGAGGAGGAUGUAAUAAAAAAAAACAUAAUUAAA